AUGAUGCGCUGUGAAUUCUGCUUCAGGAGUGGAUGUGAUGGUGUGGUGCUGGGGAAAGCUGGAAUGCAGGUGCUUACAGAAGCUUUCCUUAGGAAGGGAUGUGCUGUGUUUUUGUUCCAUUAUUUUAUUCUAAGUCAAAAGACAAGGUGUUACCGUUGGUCAAUCUUUGUGGGAACAGAUAAUGGUAGGAAUUGCAGUCUUCGUUCUUUUUGGGUGAAUGUGCUGCAGUGCAGAACUCUAAUCUUCUCUCUGUUAUUGCUGCUAGAAACUCAAGAUGAAAAUGGCAAAACCCAACGAGCUGACAGUCUUAUUAUGAAGAAGAUAAAGAAAAAAAAGAAAAAGAAACAUCGGGAAGAUGUGAGGGGCAAACGUCUGAAGAUGUACAACAAGGAAGUGCAGACAGUGUGUGCUGGGCUCACCCGCAUCGACAAAGAGACUUUGUCUCAAGGACAGUGUGAUAACUUAGAAAUGAACAAGGAAUCCUUCAGGUAUCUUAAGGAUGAGCAGCUCUGCAGACUGAAUUUGGGCAUGCAGGAGUACCGAGUGCCCCAGGGAGUACAGACACCGUUUGUGACACACCAGGAGCAUUCUGUUCGCAGCAGCUUCUUGAAAACUGGCACUAAAUUCAGUAACUUCAUUCACGAAGAACAUCAGUCCAAUGGUGGUGCCCUGGUCCUUCAUGCCUACAUGGAUGAACUCUCAUUUUUGUCUCCAGUGGAGAUGGAGAGAUUUGCAGAAGAGUUUCUCGCUUUGUCGUUCAGUGAAAAUGAUAAAAACGCAGCUUAUUAUGCUUUGGCCAUAGUACAUGGAGCAGCUGCUUAUUUACCAGACUUCCUGGAUUACUUUGCUUUUAAUUUCCCUAACACUCCAGUGAAAAUGGAAAUUUUGGGCAAGAAGGACAUUGAAACAACAACAAUUUCAAAUUUUCACUCUCAGGUCAAUCGAACGUACUGCUGUGGAACCUACAGAGCAGGGCCCAUGCGGCAGAUCAGCCUUGUUGGAGCAGUGGAUGAAGAAGUUGGGGACUACUUCCCAGAAUUCCUGGAUAUGUUGGAAGAGUCCCCAUUUCUGAGAAUGACUUUGCCCUGGGGUACUCUUUCAAGCCUCAGGCUUCAGUGCAGGUCACAAAGUGAUGAUGGUCCCAUAAUGUGGGUGAGACCAGGAGAGCAGAUGAUCCCAACAGCUGAUAUGCCAAAAUCGCCUUUCAAACGGCGCCGGUCAAUGAAUGAAAUAAAGAAUCUCCAGUACCUACCUCGGACCAGCGAGCCCCGUGAGGUUCUGUUUGAAGACAGAACAAGGGCUCAUGCUGACCAUGUGGGUCAGGGGUUUGACUGGCAGAGCACGGCUGCUGUAGGUGUUCUGAAGGCUGUGCAGUUUGGGGAAUGGAGCGACCAGCCUCGUAUAACCAAAGAUGUGGUUUGUUUCCAUGCUGAAGAUUUCACUGAUGUUGUGCAGAGACUUCAGCUGGACCUGCAUGAACCACCGGUGUCACAGUGUGUUCAAUGGGUGGAUGAAGCCAAACUAAACCAAAUGAGACGGGAAGGCAUUCGCUAUGCUAGGAUUCAGUUGUGUGACAAUGACAUCUACUUCAUCCCUAGGAAUGUCAUUCAUCAGUUCAAAACAGUGUCAGCAGUCUGCAGCUUAGCCUGGCACAUACGACUUAAACAAUAUCACCCCGUGGGGGAGACUUCUCAAAACACAGAGAGCGAUUCAAACUUGAACAGUAGCAUUCCUGGAAAGACAGAGCCCAGAGGUGAAGCCCGAUGUGUGAGUGUUAAAACAGAGUGUGAAGAACCAGGCAUAGAAAUGCAGCUUACCACAGGGAUGCUCUCCUCCUCUGUUGCUUCGCUUUCAGGACUUGUGCAAGCAGAUCAGGUGGCCCAGCCCCUUCCAGGUUUUAAAACAGAGUCUGAUCAGCAACACAAUCCGCAGGAUCAUGCAGUCUCUUCUGUGUGAUAUGUAUAUAAUCAAACAUUUUUUAACUACUUUUUAAAAUUUUGAUGUGAAGUUAUAGUUUUAUAACUGGCUUAUGUUUUAUUGGAGAAAUCUUGCCUAUAAUUCUAUAAAGAAAGGUGACAUUCCAAAAUGUCAAGCAUAUCUUUUUUACACAGAUUAUGCAAAAUUCAAGUUGUAUUUUAACCCCUUAGUACAACCUGUAACAGUGGUCUACCACUUCUUUCUGUUUAACUAAUGAGAUAUUGAAUAUCUCCUCAAAACCAGAAUGAAAUUCCUCCAGGAGCAUAAAAUGAUUUAACUCUACUGCUUGGUGUUAUCUCCCGAUUUUUCACUCUCUUCACCAGAAAGUGAUGCUUUUGUAGAAGACUUGUAGGAACUUUCCCCAUCACAAUUUAAUUGCUAGGAAAAAAGAGAAAGCACAGCACUUUUGUGGACAAUUUGUGAAAUAUUUGGUGUCUGUUGUUGACGCGGUUCAUAUGCGAGUUGGUUUCUAAACGAGCUGUAGGAAUUGCUCUGUAUUUCUUACAGAUCCUACAAAGGUGAUCUGUAAAUCCAACUGAAGGCAGUGUCUGAUCCUGUUGAAAUGCCAUGGCUUACUGACCUAACGCUCAUCAUUGCGCUGCUUGUGCUACUUGGCGCGAGGGUUUUGCUCCCAAAAGCUGCCUCCUCUGGAUGUAAUACCAGUGUGGAAGGCAGAGAACCUGUUGGUAGACUUGUGGAGGAACUUGUUAUCUUUGAGCACUUUAAGGCUUUCAAAUGCUAACCGACUUGGCAGCUUGUUUUGAUCGGGUCGUACUACAUGUCCAAUGGAACCACACUUUCCCUUGUACUGAUGCACUUAAUAUAACAGCGUUGGGUUGGUGACUGACUUCCACCAUCAGAAUGUCCAUUUUCUAGGAAGCUCUGUAUUACUGUUUCACAAUAAAAAGUAUUAUGGCAUCGGACUGCUGUUUCCAUGUGUAGCUUUUGGGUGCCCAGGUACUGUGGAAGAAUCAGUGGUAGGUGCUGAAUACUUGGAGUGUCAGCUCUCAACAGUUCUUGAACGACCUUUCAAUAUUUCUAAAUGUUAAUAUGUAAUCUGUAUUUGACUUUCACUCACCCCAUUUAUUGCUGCCCUUUCCGGUCACUGAAAGGAACGAUCCUGUCCCUCUCACCCUCUCCCUUCCCCCUACCCACAUUUAGAGUACAAGUUGGGUUUUGGUGCAACUCAAGCUGUCUCCAGAUGGCUUUAUCUGUUCUCAUCCUCACCAGGGUAGGAAAGAUUUGAAACACUAUGUUAGAGUAGACAAAUGCAAAGAUGCUGUGUUAGUUCUGGACGCAUCUUUUUAAUAUCAAUUAUUACUCUUCUCUUUAUAAGGGUCUCUAAAAUAUGUUACUCUAUUAUAAAAAUUACUUUGUGCAAUAUUGUUUGUGUAGGCUUUUAUAUACAUAUUAGCACCUCAGUGUAGAGGUCACUAUUUUAAACUGAUAGAAAGAAAAAAUCAUCAGAUGAUACUGCAGUGAUUAGUUAGAGCCUGUAUUACUCCUUAUGUGUAUGUAUGUAUUGUCUUCGGUACAGAAAUGAGGACUAGGAAAUAUUUCAAUUUAAAACUAAUUUACAGAUUGAAGUGGUAGUGACUCGUUUAGUAAUCUGUGUAAAUAAGGUGUUAGAAUGGAAAGCUUUUAUGAUAAAAUGUGAUUCAUGCAGGGGUGUAAUUUAAUCUUAGCAGAAAUCCUAGAUCAUCUGGACCGGUUCGUUAACGAGCUGUCUGUUCUCUGGUGGGUUUUUUUUUCCACUUCUUAUGUUGAGAGGAAUUUCAUAGCUUUAAGGGUUGUGCAAAGUAAAAUUCCUCACAGGCAAUAGUGGUUUCAGUUCAUCCUUCAUGUCUGAAGAUCGUAUCACCUGAGGGCGUUCUUUCCUUUUAAGAAGUCUGCUAGUCUUCCAAGUGCCCGUUUUCCUUCUCUCACGUGCUGUUCUGGCCGUGUCAGCAGGGCAAUGCGAUGCAGUGAGGUUUUGCUCAGGAGCUGACAGAGCUGCAGGUACUCCAGUGAUCCCACAAACAUACCUUUAAAGGCCCAGUAACACAGAUUAAGAGCCCCUUGCACACUGACCUGUCUGCUUUGUGUUUGAGGCAGAAUGAAGGGAAAUCAAUUUGGGAAUCCUUGGUGUGAAUUCUGAUAGUGUCUUCUAAAUGGAUAAAGGCAGAAGAUGGGAAUGGCUUGUGUUUCUUUUAGAACUGCUGUAGUGAAAUCUGUGGGCGCUGCCUGAAAUAUCCCAAAAGUUCCGGGAUGUCUCUGGUUGGAGGGAUGUGCCCCAUAGCAUCGUGCUCUCUCCAUGCUCAGUCACUGAUAACAUCUGUUUAAUAGCACACUUAGGUUUGUUCUCAGAAUGUGAAGCAUAGGAGGGAGCUGUGCCAGAAGCGAUAGCAGAAUGCAGAUUGUGGGUGAGGUUCCGCUGAGCUCCGUCCUCUCCUUCAGAUGUGCUUUGGUCACUUUGUGCACAUCUGACACCGCCUCUUUGGGAAGCUGGGAUGCUCAGUGCAGUGUUCUCAGGGGAUUUAUUGGCUCUCUUCAUAGGCACAGAUGUCACCAUACGUAAAAAAGGGCUGUGUUCUGUACGCUAUCAGCUCUCCUCACCCCUUACAGUGGGACAGAACUGUCAGAGCUUCUACUGUGGGCAGAAGCUCUCAUCCAUCACCUGGCACAGCCGGCUGGUUGCAGGUGCCGAUUCAGGGAGGGAUCCAGCCCCAAAAUCCCAACUUCAGAGCUGAUGGGGGGCAAAGCACACGGCAUAGAGAAGGCGACCUGCUGUGGCACUCUCGAAUAGUUUAAGGAACUUCCAACGCUUCUGGUUUCUCUGUACAACGUGUGUAGCAGUUUCCGUGUUGCUGUUUUGUGAUUAGGUUUGAUUGGCAGCUACGGUUUUCUGUGGUUAAUUUACGAAGCCUUUGCCGACCGAGGACGCGUCCCAUUGCCUGGAAGGCUGUUUGCUUUGUGCGGCCUUAGCGUAUUUAUUGACAUUUAGCAAGUGUUUUACGGAGGUUUUUAUACUAAGUCGUGUACGCAGGUAAAGCUCUAAAGCCUCUCUGUGAAUAAUCCUUACUGCGGUGCGUUUCUUUCAGUAGCUGACUGUACCCGUGUCCGAGCUGUUUCUUUGUAAAAUAGUCCAACGGAAUGCAUAGAAAAAAUAAUAAUAAUAAUAAUUUUUUUUUCUUUCCUCCCUGUAAAAAGUAUUUUUUUAAUAAACAAAGUCUGAUUUUUGUCCUU